AUGGAGACUGGCAGGGACUGGGUGGCUCUCCUACCGUAUGCCCUUUCCCGGGUACGGAACUCUCCUUACACCCUGGGCUUUACCCCCUGUGAGAUCAUGUUUGGCAGGCCACCCCCUCUCAUUCCUAACCUUAAGGCCGAGCUUCUUGCUAAAUGUGAAAGCCAAGACAUAUCUUUUCUCUUCAGAGGGCUCCAGAGGGCGAACAAGGACCUUUGA